GUCAUCGCCGACUUCACAUCUUUCACAAUGUUUUGUUUCCUGUUUGCGCCAAACAUCAAAUUUACAGCAAACAGAACUAAAGUUCAUAACGUGUGAGUGUACUUUAAUUAAAUAUGAUUUACGAUUAAACCAGUGCUUUAAUGGACUCGAGCUCAAAACCCUCUGCGAGACGAGAAAAGGAGAGUGUGACGGCGCCCCUCAGAGGACGACCGAAGUCUGACAGCAUCUCACUGACCUCCCACACGGAGUAUCCCUCGAGACGUCCCUUCACUAACACACCCCUGACCUUCACUAACAGAGCCAUCAGAGCCUUUCCUGAGAGCAGCGGAGCAGAAAUCCUCUCCGCGCUGAAGAACCUGCAGGAGAAGAUCCGUCGUUUGGAGCUGGAGCGAUGUGACGCUCAGCAGAAGCUCCAGAACAUCUCCAGAGAGUCCACACGCUCGGACCACACACACACAAACCACGAUCUGCUCUCUCAGCUGUCUGCGGCCGAGACUCGAUGCUCACGAUUGGAGAAACAGUUGGAGCACAUGAGGAAGACUGUGAGAAACACUGAAUCAGACAGAAGUGCUGUGCUGCGCCGACAGGUGUCUCUGGAGCGUCUGGGAUCAGCGGAUCGGACUGAUGUUCAGCUGAAUCUGCAGAAGCUGGAUCUGCUGGAGCAGGAGUAUCACCGGCUGACAGAGACUCAGAGCUCCACUGAGAGGAAGAUCAGACAGCUGGAGAGGAAACUACAGGAAGAGGAGCAUCAGAGGAAACUGGUGCAGGAGAAAGCAGCUCAGUUGCAGACGGGUCUUGAAGCUAAUCGUCUGCUCAUCCAGUCAGUGUCUCCACGUCCACACAAAUCCAGCAGAAACAACUCAAAGAAGCUCUCAGCAAAGAGAAAUCCGUCACAGCCGCAUUACAGACUCAGUCUGGGAGACGUGCCAUUUGUGACAGGGACGUCGACAGGCUCGAGUCACUCAGUGCGAGCAAACGUCCAGCACGUCCUUCAUCUCAUGAAGCAGCAUCAUCCUCAGCUGUGCAACGAGCGAGUGCUGGGACACAUCCCCUCCACCAAUCACAGCACUCGCCAGGCCAGCAGUAGCUCCUCCUCUUCCUGUGGGGAGGAGCUGUCAGAGCUGCUGCUGACGCUGCAGGACAAGUUUGGACGAAUGAGCUCCGAGCAGCAGGAAUUGGCCAAACUGAUCCAGUUGUGUGGUUCGAAUCAUUUGCGGCAGGAUUUGGAGCGAGAGAUGGAGACACUGAUGAAGAGGAUGGAGAAUAAAGGAGAACAGAUCGCUAAAGUCCGGCGACAUCAAACUCAGUGCGGUCAGCAGAGCGCCGGGCCGCUGAAGGUCAGAGACGCUCGAGACAGUCUGCGUCUGCUGAAAGACAUGCGCUCGCUGCAGACCUCACUGCGCAGCUGGGAGUACUGAGAGGGUCAGGGUCACACAAGCACGUCCAGGUCAAAGGUCAGCCC